AUAACAUAAGGCUUUGUUUUAGAUUUCCCAUUAUAAAUAAAAAUAAAAAAUAUAUUUAAUACUAUUAGGUAGUAAAUUCGAUUACGAAUAUUUACUUAAUGUAUUAAUAUACAGAGCGGCAUCAAAAAUGUCUCGUCAGACCUCUAGACUGGAUGCUAAGAAAGUUAAUUCUGAGCUGUUGACGCUCACCUACGGCGCGUUGGUGUCCCAGAUGUUAAAGGAGACUGAUAAUCCAGAGGAUGUAAACAAACAGCUGGAGAGAAUCGGGUACAAUAUGGGCAUUCGACUUAUUGAAGAUUUCUUAGCCCGAACUAAUGCUACCCGCUGCCUGGAGAUGCGGGAAACUGCUGAUAAAAUUCAGCAGGCAUUUAGACUAUACCUGAACAUGCAACCGACUGUAACCAGCUGGAGCAGUUCUGGAGAUGAGUUCUCGCUGGUGUGGGACCAGUGCCCGUUGAGCGAGUGGGUGGAGAUGCCCAACAACGGCCUCAAGUACUGCAUGCUGAUACCGGGGGCCAUUCGAGGUGCAUUGCAAAUGGUGCAGCUGGAGGUCCAGAGCUGGUUUGUUCAGGACCAACUGAAAGGUGACCCGGUGACCGAGCUCCGAGUGAAAUACAUCAAGAGGCUAGAAGACGCUGUGCCCGCUGGAGAGGACUGAAUUUGGACUGUUGGUUAUUUUUGUUACAUUUACAUUAUAUUCAAGCGGCUAGAGUCUAAGCUUAGUUUUCACCAACUAGAACAGAACAAAGUGAUGGAGUGUCAUUAUAUUAUUAACGUCACAGUCACAUAGAAAUUUGAUAAUAACAUUAUAUAAUUAGCUAAAAAAUAGGUCAAAAAACUGGAAAAAUUAUAACUAUUUCUUAUGUAUCUUUCUCACUUACUUAAAGGUUAGCUGGAAGAGAUCCCUUAAGGCGAUAAGUUCGCUUUUGUACAUAUUUACUGUAUUCUUUCUGUGUUAUGUACUUGUAUUGUGCAAUAACGCGUUUACUACUACUACUAUUUUUACAUUUCUAAGCACAUUCGCUUACUAUAGAUAAGCACCCUCUUCUGAAAGAAGUCAAGAAAAGAGGAAUAGCACUGGAAGCCAACGUUGUGUCUAAUAAUGUUUUGAAAUUGGUAGAAGAUGUAAGGAACCAUCCUCUAGCGAGGUGGCUGGCUGAGGGUAUGCCUGUACUUGUAGUGCUGUCCAGCGCCGACCCGGAGUGUGGGAGGCGGACCCCAUGUCUCAUGAUUUCUUGGGAGUGGCCAGCCAUCGUGGGGACUUAAGGCUCUUGAAGAAGCUGGCUUUGAACUCAUUGUAUCAUAGCACGUAUCCUGAUAAAGAGAAGAUUGUGUUUGAGUUUUAAAGCGGUGAACGAAUUUUUUUGGCAACGGCGAAUUUCUUGAAGCAAUUGGUUGUUUAUUCUAAAAUAGUCCUAGAAGCGAGGUAAUGAUGCGACUGCGCAUGCGCGUCACUAUAAUUUCAUAAUAUGUAAUACUCGCAGUUCCUAAGUCUCUUUUGGUCGGUUUAAUUUAAAAACUAAUAGAAGAAAUAUGUUCAUUACCGUAUUUUUAUGACAAAAAUGUUGCAUUUCUAAAUAAAUUUAUGUGCUAAACUUCCAAAAAAUGUGUAUAAACGUUUUACGUGACAGGCGACAGCAACUCCAUAUAAGUUUUUGGCAAAAAUUCCGUUUUUGAUACAAGCUUUUAUCGCUGACUGUACUUUUCUUUGCACAAGCAACUAAUAUCAUAUCAUAUCAUAUCAUUUAUUCCAUUGAAUCAUGUUCAUUUGUACAUUUUGAUCUUAAAUAUAGUCAAGUAGGUACAUGUAUGAUACCCUGCUAGGGUGUACAAUCACUGGGUGUAAUACUCAUCGAGACAAUUCUAAAAACCCUUGUUCCUUGUUUUAUCACAGAGUUCCUAUGGCCACCUCCUGUCUCCAUCAUCAGAUCAGCUCGAUGGUACCAUAAUAUUGCAUUGUCACCCGACCCGACUUACAUAUGUAUGCAAAUUUUCAGCUUCAUCGGACACCGGGAAGUGGGUCAAAUUUAAUUUGCAAGAUUUGAUUAAAGACAGACAACGGGACAGGUAAAACUAAAAGCUUGUAAAAAACCGGCCAAGUGCGAGUCGGACUUGCCCACUAGAGAAUGCAAUCAGAUAUAACCGUAACCGAAAUAACCGGUUAUGACCGAUUAUUUUGAUAAAAUUUCAGUAAACGUCGAAAAACAGGCUGCGGUAUUUUUUAUUCGUCGUGAACCAUGUCGGUAUGCACGAAGGUUGGUAUUGGACUGUCGCCGCGCGUCAGGUGACGUCUGACGGUUCAACGGAUAAAAUUGUCGUAGCGGUCAAAAGGUUCUGAACUGUCUCAUGCAAUACCUGAUCAUUGAAUAGGUAAUGCAGUAUUAAAAAUAUUGCAUAGGUUUUAUGUUUAUAAUAAUGUGGAAAAAUAGUACAUUACGAUACAAGUGCGAAAAAUAGGAAAUUCGAAACGAGUGGCGAUAUAUUAAAACACGACCGUAAGGAGUGUUUUAAAUCGACACGAGUUGCGAAUUACCUAUUCGCACAUUUAUCGUACAACGUUUUACAGUACAUAUGGCCCUUUAAAUGUUCGACUUAGUAACGUAAUAUGCUCAUUUUCGCACUAGUGCGGUAAAGUAGCACCAUAUGUACUGUAAAUAUUAUUUAUCUAUGCGUAGUGCCUGUUCAUAGACCAUUGGCCAACUUUAAAACAAUAACACAAAUUCUACAGUUGGGCACCUAACAUUUGUAUGAAUUAUUAAUUGUUAUCAUUUCAGAGAAUGUCAAAUAAAACAAGCGUUAAAAGUAA